AUGACUCAGAGGAUUACAGGGCUGUUUAUCAGCAGCGCUGCUGCAACAGUGACCCAAGAACCCACGGCCUCAUCCCCAUCCCAAAACAGAGCCCUAGCCCUACCUCCUCUCCCCGUGGCGCAGGAGGACCCACUGCCCUCCCUGCCCGGAGCAAAGCCCACGGAUCCCGGACCAUCCUCACCAGAGAUCCCCGCCGGGUACCGCGGCUCCCGCCGGGGCAUCCCCCGGCUCCGCCCUCAGCCCAGCCGCGAACGGGACCGGGCAGCACCUGUCCCAGCCCCGCCCGAGCACCGCGUCCCCUUCUCCCCGUUCCCGGCCCGAGGGAGCCCUGGGGGCCCGGCUCCGUACCUGCCCCGCACCCGCCCCGGGACGCGCCCGUCCCGCUCCAGCGCUCCCGCCCCGCAGGGCCCCGCUGCUCCCCCGAGCCGGGGCACCCCGAACCCCGCGCCCCCGCCCGGCCCGGCACUCACGGGCGCAGCUCCCGGCGCUGAGGCGGAGCCCGGCGGCGGCAGCGGCGACAGGGACUGA